ACUUUGACUAACUGGACCAGUGGAAACGAAAAAGUUGAUUAUUUUAUUCAAGAAAAGCAAUCACUAUGGAUUAAUGAUCCACUUGACGUAGUAUUUGAGUGGAUACCAUACAAUCAAUUUUGUGAUGUUAAAGAGUUAGAUAUUGAUGACUUUUCUAUAGCAUUGUAUUCAGCUAAAUGGAACAAUGGUCCAUUAUAUUGGAGAAGUUGGCCUAAAAUAUAUACAAGAGAAUCAGACAUGAAAGUUAUUAUAAAACAUUUAUAUAAUUUACAAAAUAUUGAUGAAUUUUUAAAUGAGGUUAAAGCACAUUCAAUCAAUUUUACAGUAUAUGGAAUAUCUCAAAAUCCAGAUACAAAUGAUUAUAUUUUAGUUUGGAAAGAUAAAUAUGGAGAAUGUUGUAAAAAAUGUAACAAUGUUUAUACAGAUGUGGAUGAUCAAUGGUGCAAAGAAUGCCAAAUAAAUUAUUUAAAAAAUAAUUUUAUUAAUUGGUCUAGCAAAAAUGAAACAAUUGAUAAUUUUAUUCAACAAAGGCAAUUAGAGGCUAACGCUAACGGCCGAUUGGAUAUAAUAUUGGAAUGGAUACCAUACAAUCAAUUUUUUGACAUUAAAGAAAUAGGUAAAGGAGGUUUUGCCACUAUAUAUUCAGCAACAUGGAAAGGUGGUCCGUUAAAUUAUAGUGUUCAUAAAAGCAAAUAUGCGAGAAUUUUAGAUAAAAUAGUUGCUUUAAAAUGCUUACAUAAUUCUCAAAAUAUUACUGAUGAGUUUUUAAAUGAGAUUAAAGAAUAUUCAAUAGAUAACCAUGGUAAUAAUAUUGCUAAGAUAUAUGGCUUAUCCCAAAAUCCUGAUACAAAAGAAUAUAUUAUAAUUCUUGAUUAUGCAGAAGGAGGAAGUCUUAAUAAUUGGUUAAGCAAAAAUUAUAAAUAUUUUUCUUGGUUCGCUAAAUUAAAUACGUUACUUAAUAUCAGUAAUGGACUUAAAGAGGUUCAUCAAAAACAGAGAGUUCAUCGUGAUUUACAUACAGGGAAUAUAUUAUUUUUUGUGAAUAACAUAAAUAUCUUCGAUGAUAAUAUAAUAUCAAUUUCUGAUAUGGGAUUAUGUGGAGAAGUUGAUAAUAUAGACAAAUCAAAUAUUUAUGGAGUUAUGCCUUAUGUAGCCCCUGAAGUAUUAAGAGGAAAUCCUUAUACUCAAGCAGCAGACAUAUAUAGCUUUGGUAUGAUUAUGUAUUUUGUAUCAACAGGAAGACAACCAUUUGCUAAAUAUGCUCAUGAUGAGAUUCUAGCAUUAGAUAUAUGUAAUGAAAUUAGACCUGAAAUUAGUGAGCCAGAAGCACCAAAAUGUUAUAUUGAUUUAAUGGAAAAGUGCUGGGAUUCAAAUCCAGAAAAUAGACCAGAUUCAUUAACAUUAUACAAAUCGAUUUUACAAUUUCGUAAGUCAUAUAGAGGAGAAAUUUUUGAUACAGGAAGUGGAAUUUUCGAGGGGCAACUUAAUAAGUCAUAUAAUUCAUAUAGAGGAAAAAAUUUAGGUACAGAAACAUAUGGUAUUGGGGAGAAAUUAAUUGCGCCACAUAAUAAAAAAAGUUUAGGUAUAGCAACAUAUGAUCAAUCGAAAAAAUUUUUAGAUAUAGGUAAUAUAUAUGGUGAUGAAACUGAGAAGUACUAUGAUAAUGAAAUUGGUGAGCAGUUUGAAAGGUCACAUAAUGGAGAGAUUUUCGGUGCAGGGACAUAUGGUGAAAUUGAGAAGUAUGAUAGUAAUGAAAUUGAGAAGCAAUUCAUAAAAGCAGAAGAAUACAGAAUAGGAACUCUUUCAUUUGAAGAAGAUAAUCAACUUAGUAAUCAAUCAGAUACCCAUCCACAAGCAAUUUAUACAUCCCGAUUACUUAAUUCUUUUACCCAAGAACUAAAAUUUGAUGACAAUCCUUCUGAAGCUUUAGAAUGUGAGAUAAAAUAA